UCUGUAUUGAUCCAGCUGUAAGGUGUGGCUAGGUGACAGCUCCUCUCCUUCCAUCCCACAGAGCCACUGGCAGCAGAAGUACCAGCAGAAAUGAGGCUGACUACUGGAAGGUGGCAGAUCUGAGUCUUCUCCUCCUGUGCCUCUCGCAGUAAGUGACAAGGCUACGUUAAUCUGUAUUCCCUGCAAUCUCCGAGCUGAACCGUUUGGCAUCUGAAAAUGGAAAUAAAAGGAAGGGGAAAGAUGUCUCUAAUAAGGUCUGAGAAGUGCUAGCAGUCCUGGUACAAGGAAUUGUCUUCACCUGAAACCAAACUAGUUGCUCAUUUGCCACUGGUAGAGGUAUUUACGUGAACUCAGGAUGCAUAAAUCUGUCUGCGCACAUGUACAAGAUACGCUCGUGAUAACUUGGAGGGAAAAAUCGUGUCAACACUGUUAAAUCCAAGAAUGGUUUGAAGAAUGUGUAUUACUCUUUGGCAAAGAGGAGAAACUAAUGUAAAGCAGCUGACCAUGCAGAAUGCAAUCCAGGUGUGGUUUGGGGAUGAGCUUCCCCUGAGUCCUCGAAGUCCUCUGACUCCAAGACACGGGCCGGGUUUGGCAGAUGUGUGCGUGUAUGACCAAUGGAUAUCUGUGCGGCAUGAAGCCACUUUGGUGCCUAUGCAAGAGGAUCUCUCAAUCUGGCUGUCUGGCUUGCUGGGAAUGGAAAUCAAAGCAGAGCAACUGCUAGAAGAACUUGAUAAUGGGGUACUACUUUGCCAAUUGAUUGGUGUUCUUCAAAACACAGUUAAAAAAUGUUGUAGCACAAAUAACUUAAGGAAUUUUCCAAUGAGAAAAGUUCCAUGUAAGAAGGAUGCUCCAUCAGGAUCUUUCUUUGCCAGAGAUAAUACAGCCAACUUUCUUAACUGGUGUAGAGCCAUUGGAGUUGAUGAGACAUACCUCUUUGAAUCUGAAGGUUUAGUUUUGCACAAGGAUCCAAGACAAGUGUAUCUUUGUCUGCUGGAAAUUGGGCGCAUUGUAUCUGGGUAUGGAGUUGAACCUCCUGUACUUGUAAAACUAGAGAAGGAAAUUGAGCUAGAAGAAACCCUGCUGAUGACCUCUGGGCCACCAUCACCUCUUAGCACACCAAAGUCAUGUUGUCACCAUGGGGAGUUACACGAGGCAGUAAAACAUAUAGCAGAAGAUCCCCCCUGCAGUUGUUCCCAUCGAUUUUCAAUUGAAUACUUAUCAGAGGGACGUUACAGGCUGGGAGAUAAAAUACUCUUCAUACGAAUGCUACAUGGCAAGCAUGUGAUGGUACGUGUUGGUGGAGGCUGGGACACUCUUCAAGGUUUUCUGCUCAAAUAUGAUCCGUGCCGAGUGCUUCAGUUUGCAACUCUGGAACAAAAAAUCCUGGCAUUUCAGAAAGGGGUCACCAGUGACAAUGUCCCCAGCUUGUCAGCUAGAAAUCAGGAGCCUCCUCUUAUGAAUCCAAUGUCAGCUGUCAAUAUGUUUCAAAAGCAGCCAUCCAAACCUCCUGCUCCUGUUUUAGGUCUUGGGGCCAGUGCCAAGAAAGCUUUAUCCAAACGUCCUCAGUCCCCUGCCCUGACAUUACCAAGAGUGCCAGUGACCCCAUCUUCCACUGCCAAGUCAUCAACAGUCAGGUCCAAGUUACAAGGGUCCUCAGCAGCAGGUGUGCAGUCUCCUUUCAAACCAUUAGCUGGCACCUCAAAGAAACUGGAGUCUCCUCCAUGCAACUCACCAGCUUCUGCUCCUUCACAGCCUGGAAGCAAAAGUUCUUCACGUGCAGGAGUGAGAACAGCUCUUGUUCCAUCUGAAACGUUGCGCAAACGUAUUCGGUCCCCCGAUGCUACCAAGGUGAAGUUUGCCCUGCCUCAGGGCUCACCAGCAUCAGCACUCCAUCCUGUCCUCUCGCCCUCUAAAAAACAACCAUCUCACUUGUCUGGGACAGCUGGAACAACAACUUCAAAACAGGAAUGUGUCCCUGCUAAGUGCAAACCUGUAUCUGCCACUAAAACCAAAGCAAAUUUGGUCACUCCCAGACCUGCUCGGCUGCCAGUUACAAAUCUGCGCACUGUUUCCAAGUUUGCGCAUUCUCAGCAACUCCUUGCAAAACCUGCUGAAAAUGAUAUUCAGAUCUCAGGUGCUGGGUCUCAGCAUCCUCAGAAAGCCCCAAAAACAACUUCUCAUCUAGCAAGGAACUUGAAAACUGCUUCCAAGCUAAAACUUUCUGCUUCUGCACCUUCCCUUGCAGUUAGCAAAGCAUCAAAGUCACCCCCUCCGUCGUUACCUACAAGCAAAAAUGUGUCAUCAGCUGGCUGGAAGCAGCCAAGUGCCAGUAAUCCCCCCCGGGCUGGACCCUCUUUAUCCAAACCUGCUGAACGCACACCUUUGUCUGUUGUACGGCUUCCUCAAACUUCAGGCACAGUGGCAGUCACCAAAAAGCCAGCACAGCCUUCCACAAAAGGUCAGCAUUCAACCAAAAACUUGCAAACAAGCAAAAGCUUCGCCCCAGCAGCCAAGAAACCGCUCCCAAAGGAGCAGGCACAUAACGUAGGAACACUUGGUGUGCCAAAAGUUCCUCUUCUGAAGAGCAGGCAAGAUGAUCACUAUUUUGUUAUGACAGGGACUAAAAAGCCCAGAAAGUAAACUAUUUUGUUACUUUCUGUGGCAGUCUUUGUUUUGUUCAAAAGGGCCUCUUGUAACCGCUACGCUGAGGGCAAGGAAAAAAGUUAACUAACACUACAUUUAAAUAUUUAUGAAAUAUUAGCAAUAACCUGCCUUUUGCUGCCUAACUUACUGUAAGAACUGUGUUUAUUUUGCAGUUUAGAAACUUCUAUUUGGACAUGUUUAGAAGUGAGCUUACUUGCUGUGUAGCGCUGUGGAAUGGCAAAUAUCCUUGAUGUGCUGCAGAAAAGUAUGGGAGAGGAAAGGAGAAUUAAGGCUGAUGCUUUUGCAUCAGAACUCUGGUGGUUCUGGCACAUCUGCACUGAGGUGUGUGUAACAGAGCUGUGCACAAGCUGUAAAAUUUCUAAUACCUCAAACAAAAGUGUGGGUUUUGUUCACUGUUAACCCAAAAUGCAAAUCUGGGUCACAUGUUUUGGAAGGAAAAGAAACUUCUAGUCCUGUUUAGAUUUGACAGACACUGUUAUCAGUGUUCAUUGAGCCCCCCCCCCCCCAUAUGCCUUAAAGUGGAUUCAGCUCACUUGGAAGUGGAGCCUGGUUUGCUUUAAAUUGCACACCAAUAAUCAUGGCCUUGAUUGCUCACUUUCAUUGUGCCUUAGCCUCUCAAAUUCAGAACAGAACUCUUCAGUGAGCAAUACUACCUUUAAAACCCCAGGCAGAUAACUGUGUUUGGUCCAUGUUCAAAUCUGACUAGCUUUCCUAGAAAGCUCUUGCUGCAUGGAGAGAUGCUCCUGAGUUCCAGAGAAGACACUUUCCCCCUGGGCUAGAGCCGCAUACCAUCUCCUGCUCCUGGGUUGGAGCCCCAAAAUAGCUCCUGCUGCAGCACCACUGAGCUGCAAGUACUGACCUGCUCUAGUAGAGCUUUACUGCUCUGCAGGAGUGGCCUUUCCAUGCAAGACAGAAUUGUUAAAUACUUUUCUCAGUGCUACAAGUUAAUUUUUGUGACACCCUAGUCUGCAGUGGCCUUUCUCGUUUCAUUUAUGUAGACCUCUUUCCUGGCUCUCCUCUAUCACUCUCUAGAGGUGAGAAGUAGUUUCCCAAAGGGGAGUAUACUCUGCAGUUGCCUUUAAACAUCCUAAAGUGCCAGAAAGCUAUGCACUGCUUACACCCAGCUCCUGAAGCCUUUCAGUGGGUUAAGCAUCUGUGGUGCUCAACACCUUUACCCUUGAGAAGUAAGGUUCAUGGUGGACUGAAAACUUCUUUCUUUGGGAGUAGUGCUGCUUGGGUUAUUUGGGGAUUAAUGAACAGUUGUCCCCACAGACACUGAGGAGCUCUGAAGGUCUUUGAAGACACACUGAUGAUUUCCACAGACCAUUACCUCUGCUCUCCAUUCCCAGUCUAUGGGCAGGAGUGGGUGUCACUGCCAUAGAGGCUCCUAGAUGGUGGAACAGGGAAGUCUUUUAAAAAGAGAAGUUCCAUGGAAUAUGUAGUUUCUGUUGUUAAGAGGUUUUUAAGAGUGUUUGUUGGUUUGUUUUGGGGUUUUGUUUGUUUGUUUCCCCCCCAGAACUAGAGUAAGCAAGCAUCAUAAAGUGAUUAUCAUGCAAUGUGGCAGAGUCAUAGAGCUGCUUUUCUGAGCACCUUGUUAGCUUAUUUUAUAUAAUUUAUGAUUCUAUUUAUGCAUAUCUACUGUACAAUACUGCUCACAAUAUGCUGGGAGUAAGCAGUAGAUGGCUUAGGAAGAAAAUAGAUCUGUUUUGAUAAUGUGGACACAAGUCCCACAAGAUCCCAGACAAAGAUGUAUGUUUGGGGAAGGCCUUGGGCUUGCUCAUUUUAUAUGUACACUGGUCAAAGCUGCUGCUACAAUGUUAGGCUGAGUACUGACUAUAGUGGAUUGCUGUCAGGUUUGAUAAAUCUGGCACAUGGUUACAUUUGCUGAAAGCAUUUUACAGUAGAUGACUUGCUUGUGAUUUUUGGGCUUCCAAAUGGUGAAUUACAUGUGAUAUAUCUCAUGCAGAUUAACAGCUGACUUCUUGGCGUUUUCUUUCUGUAAUGGUUCUGGAAGAGAUGGAGUUAACUUUCUUCAUAGCAUCCCACCUGGGGCUGUGUCCUAGAUUUAAAAUCUAAACCAACGUUGCUAACACACCGAUGUUUGGGCUGUUGCUGAACAACCCUUUCCAGGGUCAAGUCUUUCUUUUUCCUGCUCUGCCCCCACAGUGAGUAGGUGAGAGAUUGGGAGUGACAUGGCUGGAAACUGGCCAGCCUGAACUGGCCAAAGAGCUAUUCCAUAUCAUAAAGCAUCACCUCAACAACAGAAAGAAGGAAGAGGUAGAGAAAGAAGGGCAUGCAGGUUGUGUGGCUUCUAAGGUGGCUCUUUGCCAGCUGGCUGGGCAUUAGUCUGUCUGUGGGAGUAGUGAAGGAUUGCCUUUACAUCUCUGAGUUUAUCUCAGCCAGUGAGUUUUGCUUUUGCUGCCCCUCUCUCCUUAUUUGCUGGGGGUGGAGGAAAGAUAAGGGGAGUGAGCAGCUUCACAGGCACUUGGCUGCUGAGUGGGGUCAACCCAUAGCACCUUUUAAACCAUUUAUAAGGUUUUUAGCAUCAAUUUAAACACUAAAGCUCUUGGAUAUCAGUGUAAGGUAACUUCAACAUCUACCUUUCUGAACUACAGAGAAAAUGAAGCAAAUGUCUUCAUCUUUAUCAUAUAUGAGGUCAUAUAAUAGACUGAAAUUUAAAGUUAAAAAUGAAAUAAAAAUGCAUGAAGUUACAGUUGAAAUAUUAAUCAGCUAAUCUGAAGAUGCAUGUUGGUAGACUUGGUUUGAUUUUAUUAUAAAAAAUAGUGUAUUUGAGCGUGAUCCAACUUCCGAGAAAAUUGUAGUCGCCAACUGCAGAGCCCUGUAACAUGAGGUGAGCCAAGAAUAAGGUGUAACAAAGUACUUCCUAAUGGAAAUACAUACUAUUUUUGCAAUGUUUGUUACCAAAUAGCAACUCUAAUCUUCAGUUUAUAUUACCUUUUGUGAGGCAAAGAUAAUUUGGAGGAAGAAUCUGACUGAAUUCUCCAUGUGAUAUUGAUGUCCUCUGUAUGAGUACUUAUUUAAAAUAAACAUGCACUGCAA